UCUGUAGUUCAUAGUCUCUCUUUGUUGAUCUUUCAAUUCAUUCGAGUGCAUUGAAAUUUUUAAUAAAUUUGUUUGUUUACUUGAACCUAAUAAAUUUAAAUAACGUACCGAACAAAUGAUCGUUUUAACUAUUUAUCACUUUCCGUUAGUGCCUUAGUUUUUAUGAUAGUUUAAGCUCAUGAAGAAUAUUGUAACGCGACGUGUUUGGUAUUCAUUAUGACAAAACGCCGAAGAAUUGUACAAGCUGACAAAAUUAUACAAAAUUUUAUACAUGUGUUCACUUUAUUAAUGUUUUUGCAGUUAAAAGGAUACUACUCAUCUGCAACUAAUCCUGUAUUGUUAUAUUCAACUGCUGCUGAUAUAAGAGUAGGAAACGUGUCCAGAUUAAGUAAAUCAAAUCCGAUAAUAAAAGGUUUAGAGCAAGGAUCAGCUGUUGAUUUUUUGCAUAGAAAAGACCUCAUAUGUUGGUCAGAUCAGACUGCGGAAUUGAUACAAUGUAUGCAAUACAACGAGACUUAUUACGCCGGAGAAAAGAUGCGUAUAGUGUCAGAGGGUUUAAUCACCCCCACAGGCAUUGCAAUAGAUUGGUAUACAAAUAAGUUAUAUUGGACUGAUGGAGAAACUAAUAGAAUAGAAGUAAUAAGUAUUGAUGACAAAUUCAGAAAGGUAUUGUUUUGGUCAGAGGUGGAUUUGGCAGUAGCUAUUGCUGUUGUUCCUAAAGCUGGACUAAUGUUCUGGACAGAUUGGGGUGAGAUACCUAAAAUAGAAAGGGCAGGGAUGAAUGGUGAUCCUGCCUCUCGUAAAGUGAUUGUUAAAGAUAAUAUAUUCUGGCCAAAUGGUAUAACCAUAGACUAUAACAAUAAUUUAAUAUACUGGGUGGACUCUAAGCUGCAAUUUGUUGAUGUUAUUGACUUUGAAGGAAGUAAAAGGAAGAGGAUAGUGAAAACUGGUUUGAAUUACCCAUAUGCAUUGACUUUGUUCAAUGAGAAACUUUAUUGGACUGACUGGAAAACAUGGGCAAUAUACACAUGGGAUAUAAGUACCAGUGGACCUAUUAAGGAAUUGGUUAAAACAGAUUCUGUACCUGUUGAUAUCAAAGUAUAUGAUGAAGGCAGACAAAUUGUACCAAGUGAUGACUAUCCUUGCAAGGUUAAUAACCAGGGAUGUUCACAUUUGUGCCUCUUAGCACCUAACCCACCUGGAUAUGUUUGUUCGUGUCCUACUGGAGUAAAACUCAAAGAUGGAAGUAAUACAACAUGCCAUAAUGGACCUCAAUCCAUGUUAAUUGUGGCGCAACGCUCCAUUAUUUCUAAAAUAUCAUUAGAUUCUCCUGAUUUUACUCCAUACACAAUGCCUUUGAAAGAUCUCAAAAGAGCUAUCACUGUUGAUUUUGAUCCAAAAACAGAAUACAUUUAUUGGACUGACAGUUUGUCAAAAACAAUAUCAAGAGCUCGUUUAGAUGGUAGUGAGCAAUCUGUAGUUAUACACAGCAGUGGAGUUCCAGAUAGCAUUGCAAUUGACCCUUUAGCAAGGAAUAUUUAUUGGACUGAUCCUGUCUCUGAUACCAUUACCGUAGCGAGACUUGAUGGUAGCGCAAAAAAGGUGAUAAUUCACGAUGAACUUUACAAUCCUCGGGCUAUCGCGUUACACCCCACUGCGGGCUGGAUGUUUUGGUCUGACUGGAACGAAAAGAAACCUAAAAUUGAGCGAGCGAAUUUAGAUGGCACAGGAAGAGUGCUUCUUAUAUCAGAGAAAUUAACUUGGCCCAAUGGGAUUGCACUGGACACAAAGUACAAUAAAUUAUACUGGGGUGAUGCGAGGACACAUAAAAUUGAGGUGUGUAAUAUGGAUGGCACUGACAGGCGGGAACUACACAAUAGUGAUAUUUUACACAUUUUCGGACUAACGCUGCUUGGUCAACAUCUGUAUUGGACAGACAUGCAGAGACGAACUAUGGAUCGGAUUAAUAAGGACACAGGAUCUGAACGCCAACCUGUGGUCGAGCAAAUGGCGAACAUGAUGGGUGUAAAAGCUUUUCGAUUGGGCGAUCCACUUGGUUGGAAUAAAUGUGCGGACAAUAAUGGCGGAUGCUCACAUUUUUGCUUUAACAGGCCACAGGAUUAUGUGUGUAGCUGUCCUCUGGGUGAUUACAUGUAUUGGUCAGAGCUUGGUUCGAAAACUAUAAAGCGAGCCUCUAUGGAUGGGUCUUCCCCGACCGUGCUCAUAGAGCAGGUGGGCCGCGUGCACGCUUUAGCCAUAGAUAUUGAAAAGCGCGCCAUCUACUGGGCGGCGUUAGAUCCACCGACCAUAGAGUAUGCGUUCCUAAAUGGUACUGGGAGGAGAGUGUUAGCCGAUAACAUAUCUAUGCCUUAUGCGCUUGCUCUGUAUAGCGACAGAGUGUUCUGGGGCGAUUGGAAUACUGGCCUUAUAGAAGUAGCGAAGAAAUCAGAUGGUUCCAACCGCAAAACGAUUCACACACAACUGGACUAUAUAUCGGAUUUGAAGGUGUACCAUCGAGCUCGGGAUUCCCUCCCCAACCAGUGUGGAGUGGAUAACGGGGGUUGUUCACACUUGUGCUUGCCGCUACCUAACAAUGACUACAGAUGUGCCUGCCCUGCGCAUUAUCGACUCAAUCGGGAUAAUAUAUCGUGUUCUGAACCAGAAGAGUUUCUACUAUUUGCUCAGAAGAAUGCAAUUGGUAGAAUUUUAGUUGCGAACGGCGAGUGUAACGAUGCUUUUAUACCGCUCACCGGCCUUAAGAGUGUCAAAGCGAUUGAGUAUGAUCCUGUCGACAGGUAUUUAUACUGGAUGGACGAUGAAAGUCACUCAAUUCGCCGCGUACCCAUUUCCUAUUCGACCACAUCCGCUAUCGCUGACUCUUCCGUCGUAAUUUCCGGUCUUUCUAGACCAUUCCACAUGGUCCUAGAUGUCCUAGGAAGAGCUUUAUAUUGGACCUGUUUAGAUACGGAUUCAAUAAAUGCGACUUCGAUAGAAAAUAAUGCUACAACUGGUACCAUAGUGAGAGGAGAGAAAAUGAUGCCGAGGCACUUGGCGUUUCAUCAGACUAAGAGGUUACUAGUAUGGAGCGACGCAGGGCUGGGCGCGAUAAUGCGGUCCAGCGUGGACGGCACCGCGCAAGUGGAGCUCGCGCGCGUGACAAACGUGACGGCGCUCACGCUGGACCAGACCACCGGCACCGUGUACUGGGCCGUCGCCAGGCAGAUACAUGCGGUGGAUCUCGAUACUAGCAAUAGGCGCAUAGUGUGGCAAGGCGGGUGGGUGGGCUCGCUGGCGGCGUACAGCGGCGCGCUGUACCUGGGCGGCGGCGAGCGCGCGCCCAUGCGGCUGCCGCUGCACCGCCGCGACGCGCCCGCCGCGCCCGUGCAGCACCUCGCGCGCCUGCUGGCCGCGCUCGCCGUGCUGCGGGUGUCCCGCGAGCACCCGUGCUUCGGCGGCGGCGCGUGCGGCGCGGCGCCGGGCGCGUGCGGCGCGGGCGGCGCGUGCGGCUGCGGGCUGCGGUGCGCGCGCGCGCCCGCCGCGCUGCCGUGCGCGCCCGGACACCUGCUGUGCGGCACCGACAGCGACGCCACGCAGGAUGCGCACGCGCACUGCAUACCGAUGCACUGGAAAUGCGACGGGCAAACGGACUGCCCGGACGGGUCGGACGAGCGCGCGUGCGACGCGUGCGGCGGCGGGCUGCGCUGCGCGGACGGCGCGUGCGCGCCCGCGCUCGGCGCCUGCAGCGCGGGCGCCUUCUGCCACGCCAAGCCGCUGCCCGACGCCUUCCGAUGUGACGAUCGUUUAUGCCUCGCUCCACGUUUGCUUUGCGACGGGCAUCAGCACUGUGAAGAUGGGUCUGAUGAAACGCCCUCCGCUUGUGGAUACGUACAAAAAGAUCCCAUGGUGGCGGGCGCGCGCGGCUGGGGCGCGGUGGCGGCGUGGGGCGCGGCGGCGGGCGCGUGCGCGGCGCUGGCGGGCGCGUGCGCGGCGCUGCGCCGCUGCCGCGCGCCGCCCGCGCGCCGCGCCCCGCCCGCGCGCGCGCUCGUGCUCAAGCCGCCGCCGGACUACAGCAUGCCGCGGCUGGACCCGCUCGACCCGCUGGCGCCGCUCGCGCCGCCCUCCCCGCCCUCGCCGCCCUCCCCGCCGCCUUCGCAAGCGACGAACUCGCUGUCCGCGUCGGACAGCCUGUGCGGGCGGUACCCGCGGCCCACGGCCAACCCGCCGCCCAGCCCGGCCACGGCGAGCAGCUCGCGGCGCCGCCCCUACCGCCACUACCGCGCCAGCAACCGCCCGCCGCCGCCCACGCCCGCCUCCACCGACGCGUGCGAGUCGGAGCCCGAGCACGCCGCGCGCGCGCCGCCGCCCUCGCCCGCGCCGCUGCUCUACUGACGCGCACGCCAACUACGGAAAAAAGAAAAGAGUUAUAAACAGAAAAAAGGAAAGAGGUAUUUUAAAAUAUCUCUCCUUUUUUCUCAUGUUCUAUCAGCAGAAGCAGCGCCUCCUG